GUCCAAGCUGGCCAUCGUUGCCUCGACACCUGUGCCAGCCCUGGCAGCAAGACAGCGCAGAUGCUUGUUCAACUUGCAAAGGCGAACUUUGAGAAGUGGGGCAGGGGACUGGAGUCCAUCUCCGGUGAGGCGAAGCAGCGCUGCUUGCGCUUCCUGCAUGGCCGAAUCGACUACUCCGCCGACGAGGGCUGCGUGGUCGCCAACGAGAUCUCGACAGACCGAGCAGGGAUGCUCGUGCAUCAGAUUGCCAGGCAUCAGCCACUGUAUCCCCUGGUGAUCUUCACCUCCCACGAUGCCCGCUACUUCCCGAGCCUUCGCGACGAAGAGGGCCAGGAGGUGCUCUUCGACCGCAUCCUUUGCGACGUGAUGUGCUCCAGUGACGGAACGCUCCGAAAGUCACCCCACCUUUGGCGCGAGUGGACGCCGAAACUCGGCUUGGAGCUCCAUGCCUCACAGCUGGCCGUGGCUCUGCGCGCCCUGCGUCUUCUACGCAUUGGGGGGCGCCUGGUUUACAGCACCUGCAGCCUUUCUCCCGUGGAGGACGAAGCUGUCGUGGCAGAGAUCCUGCGGACGCCUUCAACGCCCACGAAACCCUUCGAGCCAAAGGAACUCAAAGAGGCGCGGCAAAUGCUCGCGCCGCUGAAAACGGCUCCCGGCUUGCGGAAAUGGAAGGUGACAGCGGGCGUGUUCGGUGCUUUGGGGGGUGGCACAUCUCAGCAAGCGGCAGACAUUCUCGAGCUUUGCGGAGGCGUCUUCCCGCCAGAGGAGAGCACGUCUGCGAGCGCCCAGCUGCCAAGGUGUAUCCGCAUCCUUCCACACCACAACGACACCGGAGGCUAUGACAGCGAUGUGGACAGCGACGGCGAAGAGGCAUCCAGUCUUGUGAGUCUGAAGAGCGUCGAGCGUCGAAGGCAGCUGCGGAAGCUCGAGGAGGACAAGACCGGGCUGUGGGACCCCCGUGGCAUUGCUGUGGAAGCUGGGCGCAGCGAGCAGGAGAGGCAGAAGGCUGAAUCCCGGCGCGAGCGCGCGAGGAAGUCGGGAUCCCUGUCUCGGGAGAUUGUGCGCUACGAGCCGCUCGGCGAGUCUCCCGAGCAGGCUGCCGCACUGCGUUGCUUUUAUGGACUGCACGACAGCUUCCCGGAGGAGCUUUUCUUCAGCCGCCGGCAUCUGGAGCUGGAUGCCGCGGGGGAGCUCGUGCAGACGCAUUGGGGCGAGGCUAGCCAGCUGAUCUUCCUCGCGAAGGCGGCCGCGCGGCUGCUGCGCCUGGGCACGGCCCAGGGCGCCAAGCGGAAGCUGCGGGUCAUCGCAGGGGGCCUCCGAGUCUUCGAGAAGGAUCGCUUCGAUGUGCCUGACAAAGCCACGCAGUUCAGGUUUGCCCAAGAAGCCAUCGAGCCGAUGCUGCCCUAUGUCGGCCGGCGUGUUGUUGUCCUGGAG